AUGCAAAAAAGAGUUAGUGACAUUACUACUUUCAAAAUUCGAGCAAUAAAUCUAAAUGAUUUGAACAAAUAUAAUCCUUUUGAGAUAUCUGAAAAAGCGAUUAGCCUUUUUUAAAUCAAAAACUUUAUUUUACCAAAGAGAAUAUUAAAAUGCCUCAAAUAAUUAAGUAGAUAUUAUUUAAUCACUUUUAAACUACAUCUUUGA